UAUACUAACAUUAUCCUAUCCUAUCCAAGAUUUAUUGUUAAUACAUUGUGUAUAUUGUAUUAUGAAUAUAAAUACGCAUUUUCAUGUAUUUGAUACAUUUAUUGCUGCAAUCUGUAUUUUAGAUAAAUCCUUAUUUUUGUUUAUUAUUUUUAUGUUUAUUAUUUUUGGUGUAUGUGUUCAUUAUGUAAUUAUAUAGUAAAAGAAUAUGUUAAAAUGUUAAACCAAUAAACUGUGAGUUAUCUCCAUAAGUCCAAAAUCAGAUGUCAGGAAAUCGACCUGAAGCGGGACGCCUUUCUUUACAAAUACGGAUUUGCCCCUCCUCUUUCUUCAGCUUUGCCAGUGCAACCCAUUUAUACCCUAGGUCCCAAUAGACUCCGGCUGCAUCAUCACGUUCUCAUGGUUUUAAAGAUCCCCAUCCACAGCAUCCUCACCAUUUACAAUCUGCGUGCAGAGCUUAACCUCCAGUCACGAGCCUCUUGUGGAUGUAUAUCGUGCUUAUUUUCUCCGCUGAGAGGAUGCACUUGUAGAAAUAGCUACACCUGCAGAGAUAUACAAAUCUUUGGGAAUUUAAUGUUGCUCCGGUUGAACAGGUGAGCGCACGGAGGUACUUCAACAAUGAAUGGUUCUCCAAACAGGACACAUAUACGCCAAGAAAGCAGCGUUUCAAUCAACUUAUGAAAAUAAUAACGGAGAACACCGCAGAUCUUUUGGAGAAUCUUCGUUGACGGGAAAAAACUGAGUAAAACUUGACAGUUUGUUGAAGUCUUUCUGUCGUUUUGCACAGGAGGUUACCUUGCCCUGUCGAUUUUGUUGUAAAUGUUUGGAAGUCACGAUCACCCGGACAGAAACAUCACCGGAUCGAAAGUGCAAACUUUUGAAGAAAUGGAUUCUGUUCGUUCUUGGGUGCGAACUGUCGGCGUUAUUGAUGCAAACAUUGCGGCACAGAGUGGAGUGUCUUUAUCCCGUGCUCACUUUGAAAAGCAGCCUCCAUCCAACCUCAGAAAAUCCAACUUCUUUCAUUUUGUGCUGGCACUCUAUGAUCGUAAUGGGCAGCCUGUUGAAGUGGAGAGGACGGCGUUUGUUGACUUUGUGGAGCAGGAUAAGACGGGAGAAAAGACAAACAAUGGGACUCAUUACAAACUUCAGCUCCUCUAUAGUAAUGGUGUUCGCACAGAACAAGACCUUUAUGCACGUCUCAUUGAUUCGGUCACUAAACAGCCCAUAUCAUAUGAAGGACAGAACAAGAAUCCAGAAAUGUGCCGUGUUCUGCUGACUCACGAGGUCAUGUGCAGUCGCUGUUGUGAGAAAAAAAGCUGUGGGAAUCGCAACGAGACACCAUCUGACCCUGUUAUCAUUGACAGAUUUUUCCUGAAGUUUUUCCUGAAAUGCAAUCAGAAUUGUCUAAAGACAGCAGGAAACCCCAGAGACAUGAGAAGAUUUCAGGUGGUUCUGUCGACCACGAUCAGUGUGGAUGGUCCUGUUUUAGCCAUUUCUGAUAAUAUGUUUGUACACAACAACUCCAAACAUGGACGUCGUGCACGCAGAGCAGAUUCAGGAGAGACUGGGGAGACCAACAUGGAAUAUGCUACGCCGUGCAUUAAAGCCAUCAGUCCUAGUGAAGGCUGGACUACAGGAGGUGCUAUGGUGAUUGUUAUUGGAGAGAACUUCUUCGAUGGGCUUCAGGUUGUGUUCGGGAGCAUGCUGGUGUGGAGCGAGUUGAUCACUCCUCAUGCCAUUCGGGUACAGACACCACCCAGACAUAUACCUGGAGUUGUUGAAGUCACGCUUUCUUAUAAAUCAAAGCAGUUCUGUAAAGGAGCUCCAGGACGCUUCAUUUACACAGCCUUGAAUGAGCCAACUAUCGACUACGGCUUUCAGAGACUUCAAAAGGUCAUCCCUCGACAUCCCGGUGACCCUGAUAAACUGGCAAAGGAAAUGUUACUGAAGAGAGCAGCAGAUGUUGUGGAGUCGCUGUAUGGAAAUUCACCCAGCAAUCAGGACAUGUUGCUGAAACGGGCUGCGGAUAUAGCCGAAGCUUUGUACAGCGUACCUCGGCCUCACAGCCAGCUGCAGGCCAUGCCAAGUUCACCGGUACACGGCAGCGUCAUGGGUCUCAGCUCGUACCCGACACAACUGGGCGUGAGCAUCGGAGAACAGGGCAGUACCCAAGGUUACAGCCGCAACUCGAGCAGUUUGUCCCCACGAGGUUACCCUUCAUCUUCAACCCCUCACCAGUCGAGCUAUGGGCCCGGGGGAGGAAUGGGUGCCAGUUAUGGGGCGGUACCCAUGAGCAGUCUUGGUGUCCCGGGGUCACCUGGAUUUAAUAGUACCUCUCCAAACAGCUCUCCUUAUGCCAUCAUGCCAUCCAGCCCCAAUGUACCAGGGUCGAGUUCAUCAACCUCCCUCCUGCCUUUCUCAUCUUUUCCGUCUUCUGCAAAACAAAAAAGUGCCUUUGCUCCUGUCCUGAGACCCCAGGGUUCACCAUCACCUGUCUGUCCAACAUCAGGAGGAAACAGCUUCAGAGAAAUCGAGACUCAUCAUACCAGGCAACAUUUUUCCAGUCUUCAACGGUCCAAUUUUGCGAUGACAGGUCUUGUGGUUCCCCCGAUGUAGAGGAUGAACCUGUACCAGUCCCAAGCUUCACAUACAGAAUGACUGAGGGUAUCUCCUAUUCCCACCUAUUUAUAUUCAAGCCACAUUAAGGGAAUAAGAUAGAUUUCCACAGUCUGUUUACGCAGUUGAUCUAGUUGAUGAAGAAGAAAACUUUCAAAAGCCUCCAGGACAACAAAAAUAUAUUCAUAACCUUCAUAAGAGAUCUCUACUGCAAACAAACCUGAGGGAUGAGGUUGCCAAAGAGAUGGCAUUAUAUGAGGGCCUUCAACCAGAAAAUACCAAAAAAGAGGUUGAAUUUCUUCAUGAAACAAGCACAUAUUCAGUCACAAACUGAACAGACUCUCACAACAGUGACGGCCAGAAGCUGGGAUACCGAACAUGUCCGAAGCGUUUACAGUAAUUUCACAGAAAUCGUUGCUUUGCUAAGAUUUUUUUUAACACACAAAAGAUCCAUACAUGGUCGGAAAUUUAAACUGUGUUUUAAAAGUAUAUAUCAAGCAUUUCAUUUAGAAAAAUACGUUUAUUUAGGUUUAGUUAUAUGAGGUAAUUUCCUCGUAUAUUGACUUAUUUAAUGACCAAAAAAUGAUAUAAGUUAUAUUUUUAGGUUAAGCGCUAAUAUAAGAAACUUUGAACUUGAUUGUAUCUGCUAUUGUUUGUUAUUAUCUGUU